AUGCAAGCUGAUAAGCGUCAAUCUCUUUGGAAUGUCAUUGCGGCCUCACUUGGUGUUGUAUGGUCAAUUGGAGACCAUUUGCGUAGUGGGUGGUUCUCGGUUUCAGCAAGAUUGCCCUUAAAUACAAUCUAUGGAGCUCUUGAGAAUACCAUUUCACUGUCUUUGUCUUCUCACGUUGUCUUAGGUGAUGAGCAUCUUGAGGUUGAGGGUUUUGAGUUUCUGGCACCAACCACUCGUAGAAAUGCCUUGCGAGUACUGCGUGCUAUGCAGCUAUCAAAGCCUGUUCUACUGGAGGGUAGUCCAGGCGUUGGAAAAACAAGUUUAAUAGUUGCCCUCGGCAAAUUUUCAGGGCAUACAGUUGUACGGAUAAACUUGUCUGAGCAGACUGAUAUAAUGGAUUUACUGGGGUCAGACUUGCCCAUUGAGAGUGAUGAAGGAAUGCAUUUUGCAUGGUCUGAUGGAAUCCUGCUGCAGGCUCUAAAGAAGGGAUCUUGGGUUCUGCUGGAUGAACUUAAUCUUGCUCCGCAAUCUGUAUUGGAGGGCUUGAAUGCAAUUUUAGAUCAUCGAGCCGAGGUCUUCAUCCCGGAAUUGGGUCUUACUUUCAAGUGCCCAUCGUCUUUCAGAAUUUUUGCUUGUCAAAAUCCUUCUCAACAGGGUGGAGGCCGGAAAGGCCUUCCAAAAUCUUUUCUUAACCGUUUCACUAAGGUUUUUGUGGAUGAGUUAAGUGAGGAAGACUAUCUUUCCAUUUGUAGUUCACUCUAUCCGUCAAUUGCAAGGCCUAUACUUUCAAAGCUGAUUUUAUUUAAUAAGAGACUACAUGAAGACACCAUGAUACAUCGCAAAUUCGCUGGAGAUGGUUCCCCAUGGGAGUUUAAUCUGCGAGACGUGAUUCGUUCAUGUCAGAUCAUACAAGGUGCACCGGAAAGUUUGAAAAUUGAUUGUUUCCUCAACACAGUGUAUGUGCAAAGAAUGCGUACGUCAGCUGAUCGCCGAGAGGUCAUACGGCUCUAUGAACAGGUUUUUGGACUGAAGUCUUUUGCAAAUCCAUAUCCGCGAGUGCAGCUUAGUCCUCUUCACUUGAUUGUUGGGAACACCUGCAUCGAAAGGAACCAUUUUCAGUCACCAAAAAACUCUGAUAGUGAGCUUAAAAUAUUGCCUGCAAUACGUAGCAGCUUGGAAGCUGUGGCACAUUGUGUACAGCAUCAGUGGUUGUGCAUAUUGGUUGGUCCGCCAUCAUCUGGCAAGACUUCGUUGAUAAGAUUACUUGCUCAGCUAACUGGCAAUGUACUAAAUGAAUUGAAUCUUUCAUCUGGAACUGAUGUAUCUGAAUUACUUGGAUGCUUUGAGCAAUAUAAUGCCUUCCGCAAUUAUAGACUUGCCAUUGCACGGGUAGAGUGUUAUAUAAAUGAGUAUUGCAACCUGAAGUUGGAAUCCUCAACUGAGGCAUUUGAAAGGAGAAAAGACCUGAUAGCCCAAUGGCUUACCUUUUUAUCGAGCAUAGAUUAUGGUCCUUCAACUUGUUCUACUUCUACACAUGUUGAGAGUCGGAGGACUGUAUCCUUUGAUUCUGUUUCUCUGUUAGUUGAGGUCAUUGAACAUCUCAUAUUGGAUGUGGGGAAAAGUUUAUUGCCUCUAUCUUGCACAUGCAAGGAUCUGAGUAGAACUCUGGAGACACUCAGAAAGUUGCAAGAAGAUUACCGAAGAAGGGUAUAUCCUGCAAAGUUUGAAUGGGUAGCUGGGUUGCUGAUAAAGGCUAUAGAAAAUGGAGAGUGGAUUGUUUUAGAGAAUGCAAAUCUUUGCAAUCCAACGGUUCUUGAUCGGAUAAACUCUUUGGUUGAGCAGUCUGGAUCAAUCACACUUAAUGAGUGUGGUUCUGUGGAUGGUAAACCCGUGGUUCUCCAUCCACAUCCCCGUUUUCGGAUGUUCCUCACAGUUAACCCCAGCUAUGGUGAAGUAUCCCGAGCAAUGCGAAACAGAGGUGUUGAGAUUUAUGUGAUGCAGCCUGAUUGGUUGCUUGACGAGGAAUGUGGUGAGAAUCAUGAUGAGACUAAACUCAAAGAUGUGAAGAGAUUUCUUGUCCUCUCUGGUAUCCCUCUUGGUGGAUGGGUUGAUUCAAUGGCCAAAGCCCAUAUUUAUGCAAAGCGUGAAGGUUUUUGCCUUGAUGUCAGCAUCACAUAUCUUGAGCUCGCACGGUGGGUGCAGUUAUUGCAAGGGCUUCUCACUGAUGGCAAUCGGCCCAUAUGGAGCCUUCAUAUAAGUUGGGAACAUAUAUAUCUUUCAGCUUUAGGGGAGACUGAAGGAAAAGAUAUUGUCACUCAUGCUAUAAUCUGUUAUUUAACAAUACCUGAACCUUGCAAACGUAAUUUUUUUCAAGGAUGCUCUUUGUGCUUGCCUGGUGGAUGGCCAACACCUUUGAAACUAAGGGAUUUUGUAUGGUUCUCAAAAGAGGCUUGUGUCAGACAAAAUUGCAUGUAUUUGGAGUUCCUUGGGGCGCAGAUUACAUGUCAUACAUUUGGUAUGACCCAAUGUCGAUACCCGGUGGAACAAGCUCUAACUGCUAGGAAUUCUAUGGGAAGUUACCAGAUGGAUUUGAAGAUGUUGCAUGUUAUGAUGUUUCCGAAUAAAUCCAAUGAAAUAGCUUUGAAUUCUGGUUGGCAAACAGGAUUUGACUUGGCACUCACCAAAAAGAUGUUCUUGUUUGCUGCUAAUUGGACAAUUGAGCAAGCCACUGAAAAUGAUCUUGACUUUUAUCUUCUCUGGUUUAGUUGGUUUGGUUCUCAAUUAUCGUCAUUCUGCCAUAUUUUCACAUCUUUUUUGACUGCCCUGAGACAGGAGUUGGAGCACCCUAUAUGGAACGUAAUUUUUCGUUGCCGCCGGGAGCUAAUGUCUGAUCAUCUAGUAGAUGUGGUGUUGAAGCCAAUGCUUUCAAUGGAAUUAGUUGAUUUUUCUUCAUCAGAUGGCAUGUUAAAAUCCUGUGGGGAACUUCUUGUGAAAGCCAUAAAUAGUGUAGGCCUACUGAGACUUAGCUAUCAACAGUGGAAUGCUGAGAGCGAGUAUAAAUACAAUGAAAAAACUUGGUGUUUUGAGCCUUUGUUGAGAUUGAUACGAGGGGUGGAAAAGGAGGUGCUGGAUUUAAUUGUCGAGUCUCCUUCUUUUGCUGUUCUUUUUCCAUUAUACAACAACCUUCUUGAAGACCACAUACAGUUUUGGAAUGGAAUCGCCACAUCCCAGUAUGAGCAUUUGCUAAUUUCUUGGCGUUCUUUGGUGAAGGAUGCUGUAAAGCUGCAAGUUUUCUGUCCAAGGGAAGUAGAAAAUUUUCUGGAGGAGAGCAAGAACUUGGAUGGAGUUUCAUCUUGGCUUUUGCAAUCACAGAAGUCCUUGCUGUGGAUACAUGGUGGUCAUCCAUUUUUGCCUUCUUCUUCGGAUUUAUAUCACAAGCAGCAUCAGCUUUUAAAACUUUGUGAAUUGGUCUGGCCAAGUAAGACAAAAUCAUUGGAGAUAGCUGUGAAUGAUGGUCUUAUUGAAGCUGCUGUAUCUUCAGUUCCUGAACUCCGUUUCCUCGCCAUGCAAGGUGUUUGCAUGUCAUCAUAUAUUAUGGGCGAAGUUAAUAAAGAUGAUAUCAACAUUGUUCAGCAGUUGGAGGAGAUGUAUCAGAUGCUUGUAAGAAGGCUUGAACAUGAAAAAAGCACGUUGCAAGUGAAUAGAGAGACCACUGAGAAAGCAUCUUUUCUGGCAGAAUUAUCUGCUUCUUGUUGUCUCUUCUCUGCUGAUGUGUUGUGUCAAAGAUCUGGCUUUGAUAGUUGGCUAGUCACUCUGCCUUUAAUUGAUGAAACAAGUUUCUUCCGGGAUAUGGGACUACUUCAAGAGCUUUCAAAGAUUGUUUUGGUUGAUACGGAGGAAUUGGAAAGUGCUUUAUCUUGUUUGUCUGACCACCUUGAAUCUGCCUUGAACUUCUCAUUGAAAUUCUCAUCAAGGCCUCCCACUGAUUUUUCACCACAUCAAAAGAUAUUGUGGACCCUGGAUGCUUGGACAUCAGUAGAUGCAGCGAAAACAAAAGUUUCUAGUUUUGUUCUUGAGAUGUGGUUUAGAUGGCACACAUCUCUAUGGACCAUUUGUCCUGUUGUUCUGUUAAAGAACUUUCCGAGGCUUGAUGGUUGUGAUAUUGUACUUCCUCAUAUGCUUUUUCAGCCUGUGAAAACUGCAACCACAGAUCAGAUUCUGCAUAAUACAAUUGCCAUCAGGGACUAUGCUGUGCACAGCUUGAAACUAAGAGUGGCUUCGCGUAACAUCUGGCAUAGUUCCCCACGUACAACCAACAUACAGAGUUUCUUUUUAUCUACUGCGCGGUCUCUCUUCCAACAGAUCAUAUUUGCACACAAAAAGUCAUUUGAAGCCGAUAAAUAUGCUACAAUUAAGUCCAUUUUUGGUUCUGUUCAAGAAAAGAUGAUGACGCAAGCUGAUAUAAGGGCAUUGACUCGCCUUCUUGCGUCAUCAACACACAGUGGAUUUAUUUCCUUAAUUGAUCCGCUAGUUCAGCCACUGCUUGGUGAACUGUAUCUUCGAUGCUCAUCUACUGAUGUCAUAUAUAGUCUAGGAUGUGCAUGGUUACAAGUAGGGGCUUUACGUUAUAAUCUGUUAAUCUGCUGUGAUGAUCUGGAUCCUGCUGUGAAGUACUCUUUCAAGUAUUCACGACUGAUGGAUAAGAUAGCUUCACUUGAACUUGAAACUGAGGUACGCAAGGAGUGUGCCUAUUUAGCGGGAUGUUUUUCAUUGAGAGAAGCUGAUAAACAGAGAACCAGGUUGUUAGAGAACCUUAAAGCUGAAGGAAAAAGGGUGAAUAGACAGAUUGUGUUCCGCUCUGACCCUGGGAAAUUUAAGGAGCUAAAAUACGAAUGUGAUGAAUUUCUUAAAUCAUUUGCAACCUCAGUUGAUCUGAUCAAGAAUGUUAGAAGCAUGGAUAUAAAACAGGUUAUUGAUCAAGUCCACAAAUGGCAGGAUAUGGCGACUCGUUUUAUUGGACGGCUAUCAAAUGAAUAUGCUUCAUAUUUUGACAUUAUUCAACCAGUUCAGGUUGCAAUAUAUGAAAUGAAAUUGGGCUUAUCACUCCUCCUUUCCAGCGCCUUAGAAAAAAAAUAUUUGGAGAGAGUUGGGCAGGAUGAUAUGGACGUGGUUCUGGGAACAAUUUAUUCAUUUAUGAGAUUCCCAAGGGGUUGUUCACCCAAAAGUGUGUCUAUUAAAAGUGGCAGCAGGAAAGCCAAGCUUUCUUACUCUGAUAUAGAUUUCCCUACAAGUAUAGAGGCGGUGGAUAUCGAUUUGCUGGAAAAUUUGGUUACCCUGACAAGUGAACUGAAUACUAACCGAAUGGAACCAGUCUUGCAAUUAAAAGCUGCAAUUCAUCGGAAUAUCCUUCUGCGUGUUGCAUAUUCCAUUGCUGAGGCCCAUUUUAUGGAUACUGCAUCCUUCAUGCUCUUGCAUAAGAUAUUUGAUGAGAUCGCAAGCCUUUGGUUGAAUAUGAAAGUUCAGGUACGAACUAAAGAAGACCAUGAGGCUCAACAAUACAAGUUCAGACCUCGUGCAUUUAAGAUCCAGAGCAUUGUUGAUAUUGAUAUAUCAACUCUUGGCAGUUUGAUCAUGAAUGAAAGUUUCUUGGAAUGGCAGGAGUUGGUAUAUGAAGAAGAGUUGGCUGAAAGGAAACCUGAUGAGGAGCAUGAAUCUUUUGAGGAAGAUUGGAACUUCUUGGAGGAAACAGUUCUGAACAGUAUGGUCCUCAUCCACAAUCAGUUAUUUGGUUCUGUGGAUCUUGUUCAAACUUCUGGAAGUAUUGAGGUUUCUGAUGCUGACAGAUUAUUUUCCUUCAUUGACUCCUAUGCACUGGGAAUAAGAAUGCUCAAAGAUUUAGAGGGUUUAUCAUCCUCCAGUUUGGAUGCCAAACUUAUCCCCGAACAUUUACUCCGCCUCUCUUUGGACCAUGAACAGAAGUUUCAUUUGUCUCAUAAAUCAGCUAAAGCUUAUAACUUUUAUAAGGACUCAAAUGCUUCUAUGAUGGCUAAAAUGGUGGAGCCAGUUGGAAUUCUUCAACAGCGAAUUGCAUCUCUUCUAAAGGAAUCGGAUGAUCAUCCUGCUCUUCAGAAAAUAUUGGAUGUGACUGAAAUGAUCCUGGCAAUACCUCUGAGCACUCCUCUGGCUAAGGCUCUUUCGGGUUUGCAGUUUCUACUUAACAGGGUCCAGAUAUUGCAGGAAACUGUUGCAAAAUUCCCUCUCUCUGGUCAACUAGAACCUAUUUUUGUCUUGGUGUCCUCGUGGCAAAAGUUGGAGUUCGAGUCCUGGCCUGCCUUGCUUGAUGAAGUUCAAUCUCAGUUUGAGACUAAUGCUGGGAAGUUGUGGUUUCCUUUACAUUCCAUUCUUCAACAUAGAGAUUCCACUGACAUUGAUGAAUAUAGACAAUCUACAAUCCAGAGCUUGGAGGAGUUCAUCCAAACAUCCAGCAUUGGUGAAUUCAGAAAGCGUCUUCAACUUCUUUUUGCUUUCCACGGACAAAUCAUUAAUGGUAUAUGUCGGGGAUCAUAUUCAAGUCCUUUCCUAGUGGAAAAUGUGAAGAUUUUGUACAAUAUAUUUGGUUUCUAUGUGCAAUUGUUGCCUAGGAUUUUGGAGCAUAUAGAAGGUAACCGAAGAAGAAUUGAGAUGGAGUUAAAAGAAUUUUUGAAGCUAUGUCGGUGGGAGCAUAGUGAGAGCUAUUUAACCAUGGAAAACUCGAAAAGAACCAGAAAGAAAUUUAGAAAAAUAAUACAAAAAUACACUGUGAGUGAUGCUCUUUCGGGUUUGCAGUUUCUACUUAACAGGGUCCAGAUAUUGCAGGAAACUGUUGCAAAAUUCCCUCUCUCUGGUCAACUAGAACCUAUUUUUGUCUUGGUGUCCUCGUGGCAAAAGUUGGAGUUCGAGUCCUGGCCUGCCUUGCUUGAUGAAGUUCAAUCUCAGUUUGAGACUAAUGCUGGGAAGUUGUGGUUUCCUUUACAUUCCAUUCUUCAACAUAGAGAUUCCACUGACAUUGAUGAAUAUAGACAAUCUACAAUCCAGAGGCAUGUUCUAAGUUUCACUGUAACCCUGAUUUUAAUUUUCAGAACAGAUCUACUGCAGCAGCCUGUAAUGCUUAUGUUCAACCAAGAAGCAGCACGAAUGGGGAUAAAAACUCAAUCUGUACAAGGUCCAAAUCCCCUGUCUGUUUCUUAUGACAGAAACGGGCACAUGCUUGAUGUUGCAUGCAGUGAAACUCAGUUCAGAGAUACACACAUGUCUGUGUGGUUUGCUGAUUGGAAGAAGAAAGUAUAUUUGGUUUUGCAGAACUUGCACCUUGGAAGGCCUAUCACUGAGUUUGGGAUCUCGUCCAAUUACUCUAUAGACGAAGAAGUUGCUAGUAUCUUCAGGGAUUGCAUAUUGUCCCAGUCUUCGCACCUUGUAUACCAGGAAGAAAGCAAUCAGGUGUGGCAUACAAUUGAAAAGAUAUGCAGAACUGCAAUUGACUGUGGUGAACUCUGGAAGGAUGAAAAGAAGAGUUUUGGGAAGAGGAGGGCUUUGUCUGUCCUUCUAAAGCUGUUGGAUAACUGUGGAUUAUCUAAGCAUCGGUCUACAUUCUUGGAGUUCGGAAUCAACCAAUCUAGUUGGUGGCUCCUUCAGCCAUCCUAUGAUGUGCAGCAUUUGCUGCUGACACAAGGCAGACUGUCCAAUGGGGAUGGUAAUGUUGCUGCCUUGAGCCAGUUUCAGAAUGCAUACCAUGAAAGUUUUAGAAGUGAAUGGAAAGCAGCAAAUGAGUACUAUUUCAAGAGCAUGGCAUCAGUACACCUUCUGCGGCAGAUUUGCUUGAACUUCCACAAGGAUUUUACUCUUGAACAGGUUAAUAGGUCAGGUUCUUAUCUUGACCAUCUCAUUUCAAUACAACAAGAGCAACGAGCUGCUGCCUAUGAUUUUUCUGAGCAGCUGAAUGGUUUGAGGAAAUGUAUAUUUCCCUUAGAAAACUUAUUUUCAAACUCCAUUUCCUCUUGUGAAUCUAGUAGUGAGAGCUUUUUUAUCCAAAACCAACACGUCAGUUUUGAGUGCAUGUGGAAACAAAAGCAACUCUUUGAUAGUGUCUGUGCCAUGUUGCAUGAUGGAAGUUUGCUGCUUAAAAAAAUAGAAAAUAACCAUUUGAACACUUGUCAAAAUGUUGAAGCAGCAGCAAAGCGGUUUCGUCUUUUUAUCGAGAAGUUUGUUCCAGAUUUUCAGAAAUCUAAGGAUUUGCUGGAUAAUUAUCUCCUUGGCCGUGAUAGAGUUAUAACCACCAUGGGAGCUUUGUUAUGUCCUUUUGGCAUAACGAAACAAAUGGAACAGUUGAUAUACCAAAACUUUCAAUUUAUAAGGGAGUUUGAGCAGAAUCUCCGUGCUUUCUGCAAGCAAGAUCUGGAUGAAGGAUCAGUUAAGGAGGCCCUGCUUGCUCAUUUUGAGGAUAUAUUUGAGAAGAAUAAGUUAUUUGCUGAAGAGUAUAAUUCUGCUGUACAAGAAAAAAAUCAAUUGGAAACUAAGGUUGAAGUUUCAAAUAAUUGUGGAGAAAAAGUUUCUGAACUUGAAGCUGGAUUUGGUGAAGCCCUCGAGAAGACAUAUAAACAUAUUGUGGACGCAUUCCGUAGUGUUGGGUCAUUGAAAAAUGAUUGUGUUUUUUCUAAUGAUUCAUUGGUGAAUAUAACAAAUCUGCGUUUGAGCCUUAUAUGUGAUGAACUAGGCAACACAAUUCAAUUUGCAGUCGACUUGGUGAAUCAUUACGGUAGUGCAAAUCCCAGUCUAUGUUUUCUUGUUGGAAGCCACUUGAAGCAUCUGUAUUCGCUAUUGGACCUAAUUUUGACCUACAGCAAUGCUCUUCUCCAUGAUUUUUUGGUUAUGCAUAGAACGGUAUCUAUAAUGAGUCACGCCCUUGCGAACAUUUUUGCUUCACUAUAUUCAAAAGGAUUUGGAAUUUCUACAGAAGACCAAAUGGAUGAAACUGGCCACGACACUCAAGAUGCAAAGGGAACAGGUAUGGGUGAGGGUGCAGGACUAAAUGAUGUCAGCGAUCAAAUAAGUGACGAAGAUCAGCUUCUUGGGAUUACUGAAAAGCCUAAUGAAGAACAAGAUACCUUACCUGAUGUUCCAAGUAAAACUGAUAAGGGAAUAGAGAUGGAGGAGGAUUUUGCUGCUGAAACGUUUAGUGUCAGCGAGGAAUCUGGAGAUGAUGACAGCAAUGAUGGUCAGGAUGAGCAACUGGAGUCUGCAAUGGGCGAUACUGGGGUUGACAGUGAAAUUGUUGAUGAAAAACUAUGGGAUAAGGAUGAUGAUGAAAAUCCCAGCAGGACAAAGGAGAAGUACGAGUCUGGGCCCACAAAGGAGAAGUACGAGUCUGGGCCGUCAGUCAAAGACAAAGAUUCUAGUGGUAGAGAGCUUAGAGCUAAAGAAGAUUCUGCCACUUCUGCCAAUGAAGUUGGAGAGCUCGAUCGUGAUGGAUCUGAUAAACAAAAUGAUGCAAAUGGAAAUGAAGACGGUCCUGACGGUACAGAUGAUAUUGAAGAUAUGAACGUUGACAAAGAAGAUGGGUUUUCAGAUCCCACAGGAAUAGAGCUUAACAAGCCAGAUCAAGGUUGUGAAGAAGAUAUUGACAUGGAUGAAAUAGAACGCGCUGAUCCCAUGGAAGAUGCCGGCUCAGAAGAGCUUGAUCAGUCUGAUGAGGGUAAGAAUGGUGAUGAAGAGAAGGCUAAUUCGAUGGAUGAAAUAUUGGAUGAGGCGGAAUCUGACCGGUUUGCUGAAAAUUCAGAGAGAGAAGGCCUGGAGAAUAAUCACGAAAAGAUAAAGAAAGAUAUGUUUGAGCCAGGUACUUCCAAUUUAGUUAGUGAUAAUGUGCCAAAUGCAGAAUCUGCAACACAACCGGGAAGUGACUCGCUCGCUGCAGAUGUGGAAAAUGUUGCACCUGAUGCUAAAUGGUCUAAUUGCAAUGAUAUUCAAAAUAACCUCGCUCCCAUGAGCGGCUUACCAAAUGCUGCUGAAAUAGAAAUCGCAAUUGCAUCGGAAGGUGGGAAAUUAAGUGAACACCAAUCCAGACCACAGUUGUCUCAACUUGAUUCUUCAUCUCUUCAGAAAAUUCAACCAAACCCAUGUCGUAAUGUUGGGGAUGCACUAGAAGGCUGGAAAGAAAGAGUCAAAGUGUCUGUUGAUCUUCAGGAAAACAAUGUGGCGGUUCCGGAUGAUAUGAUGGAUGAGAAUGCGGAUGAGUAUGGAUUUACCUCUAAGUUGGAAAAGGGAGCUUCUCAGGCAUUGGGACCCGCAGCCUCUGACCAGAUUGAUAGGAAUAUCAAUCUAAAUGAUCUCGAUGGAGAUGGUAUAACUGCAGACAGAAAAGACCAUAGCGAAAUGGACACUGAACAGCAACAUUCUGAAGCACAUCCCAGUAGGAGUUAUGCCUUAAAUACUGGAAACAAGAUUGAGGCACAGACGGAAAUGUCAGACUUAGAGAAGCAACCAGAGGGAUCCCCAGAAUUCUAUCACCAUCAUGAUGGUGAUCUGGGAAGUAUUUCAGACAGUUUGGUGUCUCUUAAGAAACCUGACAUGAGUGAUGGCUUCCAUCAGGGUGGUGAACUUUUUGAGAGUAAUGACGAGCUGGGGAAAGCCAGUAAUAUUGAGGACAUGUCCAGCAAUAAGAAAGAUUAUGCUACUACUCUCUGGAGAAAAUAUGAACUGCUGACUACAAGGUUGUCUCAGGAGUUGGCUGAACAGUUACGCCUUGUCAUGGAACCCACUCUAGCUAGCAAGCUCCAGGGAGAUUACAGGACUGGCAAAAGGAUUAACAUGAAGAAGGUUAUUUCAUACAUUGCAAGUCAUUAUCGAAAAGAUAAGAUCUGGCUGAGGCGGACCCGGCCCAACAAACGCGAUUACCAAGUGAUCAUUGCAGUGGAUGAUUCCCGCAGCAUGUCGGAGAGUUGUUGUGGAGAUGUUGCUGUUGAAGCUUUGGUCACAGUAUGUCGUGCAAUGUCUCAGUUGGAAGUUGGGAACUUGGCUGUUGCAAGCUUUGGGAAGAAGGGAAACAUUAAAUUACUGCAUGACUUUGAUCAGCCAUUCACCGGAGAGGCUGGGAUUAAGAUGAUCUCUAGUUUGACAUUUAAGCAAGAGAAUACUAUAGCAGACGAACCUAUGAUUGACCUGUUGAAAUAUUUGAAAGACAUGUUGGAUGCUGCAGUAGCAAAUGCACGACUCCCAUCUGGACACAAUCCCCUACAGCAGCUUGUCUUGAUCAUUGCUGAUGGUCGAUUCCAUGAAAAGGAAAAUCUGAAACGGUGUGUUCGAAAUAUCUUGAGUAACAAGCGUAUGGUCGCAUUUCUGCUGCUGGAUAGCCCACAGGAAUCCAUAAUGGACCUCAUGGAAGCAUCAUUUCAAGGUGGAAAUGUUAAAUUUUCCAAGUAUCUAGACUCGUUCCCAUUCCCAUAUUAUGUUGUGCUGAAGAACAUAGAAGCACUUCCCAGAACCCUUGCUGAUCUACUGCGGCAAUGGUUCGAGCUUAUGCAAUAUUCAAGGGACUAAACAUAAUGGAAUUCUACACCUUACUAUGACUUGAUGAUCAAUCCUGUGGGAGAUGGAAAUUACUAAACAUGGAGUAUACUACACCUUACUAUGACUUGUAAAAAGUCUGGCUGGCUUAUUGUAAAUAGGAUAAGGUGGAGUUUCCCAAACACAGAAUGGAAAUAGCAUCCAGAGGUUAAAAGGCAACAAAAUUGUCCCCAAAAUGGUUGUCCUUGUUCAAGUGCUAGUGGAUAGGAGAUGAAAGGAAAGCUCAAGAGAGGUACGAUUUCCAGGGAUUGAUCUGAUAUUACGAAAAAUUUUGUAUACAUACUUGGGGUGUAUAUAAUAUCCCCAUCAGCAUUGGGUGGCAAUUUCUCCAUGACUUUGUUCACUUGAAUUGGAGAUAAAACAGGAGAGAAAAAUAAGAAAAAAGGGAAGAUAGGGGAGUAAUUCCUUGUGUAGGCGGUUCUCGAAAAAAGAUGGUACCUUGUAUAUUGUAUACAUAUUACAAGAGUCAUGUUCAAUAGAAAAGCUUCAAAUGCCAUCUUUCAUAAUAAUUUCUAAUUGCGUCAUUGCGAGUAUAGUUCUUCUUUUGGUAGUCUUUGAUAGUUGUAUUUUGUUGCUUCUGUGGAAGAUGAGUAAAAGUUUGAAUUUUUCUUUGUUUGGUAUGAG